GUGAGAGCUGUGAACCUUGUCCGUCCACAGUGUCCUCAGUCUAAGCAGGGACACAAACACACUCAGGACUCCACAGGCUGCCAGGAUGCGAUGGAAUCUCCACGUUUUACCUUCAAUCCAAAGGAAGGAAUCGAUAAUCCGGCUCUGGUGAUCACAGAUGACCCUGAGCCUCACAGCCUCGCGCCCAGACUCUGCCACCUGAAGCGUCUGGAGGGUCAAAGCUUUGGCUUCUUCUUACGAACGGACCCGAGAGGCCGGAGCUUUGAGGUCAGAGACGUGGAGCCGUGGAGCCCCGCGGAGCACGGAGGCCUCAGGGAGGGGGACCGGGUCCUGGAGGUCAACCAGGAGUUUGUGCUCAACGUGGACUUCUGCAGGAUUGUGAGGAAGAUCCAGUCGUGUGGAUUACAUUUGUUUCUGCUGGUGUUGAGAGGAGACGAGUAUGAACAGGCCGUGUCUAUCGGUUUGGAUCUGCAGAAGCUGGCCAAGUCCUCCAAAGGGGACGGCUGGUCCAGACCCAGACUGUGUCACGUCAGCGGACACCCGGAGCUCGGCCUCGGGAUGACCUUCACCUCAGUGGAAGGUCAGAAGGGCCACUUUACGGUGAACACAGUGACCGACGGUCCGGCAGAGAGAGCCGGCGUCUGCUCCGGAGACCGACUGAUCUGGAUCAACGGCGUCCUGGUGUCCACGCUCACACCGUCCACGCUCAACAGAACCGUGAAGAAGAGCGGCGACUCGGUGACGGUGCUGGUCAUCGAUCGGGGGGGCGAGUCCUGCAGCGUCCGGAGGAAGACGCCCGUCCUCCCCGUGGUGGCAGAAUGCCGCGGCCUCCCGCACGAACCCAAAACCAUGCGUCUGGUUAAAGGACGCGACGGGUACGGCUUCCUGCUGAGACAAGAGAAGCUGGCAGGUUCUCAGAGGAAAGUUCAUGUGCUGAGGGAGGUGGAUGAGGGCAGCCCAGCCGAGGCGAUGGGGAUGGAGGACGGAGACCUUCUGCUGGCCGUCAACGGGAAACCUGUGGAGUCUCUGGAGCACGACGACAUCGUCACAGAGAUCCGACAGAGCGAAGAUAAAGUCGUCCUCACCUCCAUAUCUACUCCAGGAAGAGCCUUCUACAGAGAGUUAGGUAUUUCUCCGCUGUUGUUCUAUGAGGAGGGUUUAGUCCAGCAGAACAAGAACCAGAGGGGAACCCUUCAGAGAGACGGAGACGGAUGUCCAACGAUCCACAUCCAGGGAGGAGAGGAGACGAGGAUCUGUCAGGAACUUUAACCACAGAGGUCAUAUAUUCAUUACAUCCUAGUAUCGUUUCUUUUCUUCUCCUUGUGGUCUUGUUUUUCACUUCACAAACAAAGUCCAAUAACAAAUCACCAUGUGGGUUCAGAUCAGCCCGACCUCUCCAGAGAUAUGUGCUCCUUCUGAAUAAAUAACUUCAUCACAUGAUUGUAUGUUUUUGUGUUUUCCAGCCGUCAGAGAACAGGUUUUGCUUUCUUCAUCAGCAGACGAGGUGCUCAGUUGAUGGAAGUAAAUGUUUUUCCUGCUGUCGGAGGUCAGAUGCUUUGAAACAAAGUCGUGUUAUUGUUUUGAUUUAUUUUAAAAUCACUCUCCAAAAUCUUCUGUGUGUAAUUGUCCUCUGAGAUCAGCUGUUUGGAACAUGAUGCUCCUCUAAAUAUGUAAUGAGAUCCCGGGAGAAACUCUCCUUCUGUACAUUCUGAUCCAUAUGUUUUUAUUAAUUAUAAACAGUGUUCAUUAUUUAAGCUUACUGUGUGAUUAAAUGAAAUGAUUAAGCUCCAUAAAAGCUGAACAUGGUGGUGCUCUUCAUGGUCUUAUACGAUGCACUCUGAUAUGAGCCUUUAUAUCAGUAUAAACGUUGUUUUUGUUGUGGUGUUAUUUAUUUUGGGG